UUCAUUUUCAGUCGAGCGCAAACUGUCGAAUAAAACGGCUGUGGUUACUCGACCGUCUUUGGUUGUGUUAUGAAAAUUUUAACUAUCCUUAAAAAAGUUUCGUUUCUUUUAUUUUUUUGCGGUUAUGAUUGUUGUUACGAAACCACAACUGUCCUACAUUUACUAUAAAUACUAAAUACAGUGCUCUAAACUUUAUAGUAAACUUAUUUUUCUUAUAUCGACUUUGAACAGUUAAAAAAACGGUGUGUUGUUUGAGUGCGAACAAAAAUAUAUAAUGUGGGAGAAUGUCUUCCAAUGCAAUAGUUUCUCUGUCAUCCUUUAAUUUAUUAUUUUUCACCCAAGUUUUAACUGUUUUAACAACUUCAAUCAAAUACAACGAAUACGUAACAGACAAAGGAAAAAAUAUUUCAAUACCUUGUGACGCAAAUGGAUCUAUCAUGUGGAUCAAAGAGAACGGAAACAAUUCUCGAGUGAUACAGACAGGUAAAAUUCUUGUUCUCACAAACGUUUCGGAAAAUGACAGAGGCCUUUAUAUAUGCUUAACAUCCGUAUUGAACGAAUCCGAAAAUUCCGAUGAUGAUGACGAUAAUAAUUCCAAAAAUAAUGAGAAGCCUUUUAUAAGUGUUGUCCAUACUAAUAACAAUGUUACUUAUGUAACAUCAACGUCACCAUUACCUUCACCGUCACCAUCACUGUCACCAUCUCUAUCACCGUUACCAUCACUGUCAACGUUACCGUUACCGUCACAGUCACCGAAUACCUCCACUUCAAUACUAACACCUACAACGACUUCAAUUCUUGAACAUUCAGAAACAACAAAAAAUCUAACCCACAUCGAAGAAGAAUUCCAAGCCUACCUUAAAGCUAACUUAAGUGUUCGGACAACUCCCGGGCCAGUUUCUCAACUUUAUUUCAAAGCCUCAACUAUUCUUGGAUUUCUCAUUUGGAGAUUUAAUAAAAGUAACUCCGGUGGAUAUCCGGUACGAAGUUUUACUUCUGAAUUUCGAAAUAUUUCCUAUAAGGAUAAUGAGAAUCGAAAUCACGAACAUGAAUGGACUCGUAUGGAUCCCAUCAAUAUAGCCCCAAACGUCCGACAAAUGGAAGUUUAUCGGCUAGAACCAAAUACAACAUAUGAAUUUCGAAUAUGGGCAAACAAUCAUUUGGGAGCCGGCGAAAUAGUAACCACAAAUGUAACGACUCUUUCCGAAACAAAGGAGGAGGAUUUGAUACGCCUUAUACAAGCUGACUUAGAUAAUUUUGAUCCACGUAUAUGGAUAGUUGCCGUCAGUAUAGUACUUGGAACCCUUGUGAUAUUAGCAAUCGGAUUGUGUAUAGUUUUGUCAAAAGAAUACUACCAGUCAUCACAAAUGGCGGCCUACGAGGAUGGUUGGGAUAGUAUAGAAUUGAUACCAAAUAUAAUAUUAAAUCCAGGAUUUUGCGAGUCCGAUGACCAGGAUGCACCAUAUACAAGAACAAUUAUAUUUGGUGAGGACGAUGAGAGCGAUGGCUAUGACAGUGAAUCCGACGAUGAACCCAGAAUGGAACGUUUUAAAAGAAAAGUUUCAAUUUUUUUUACCGGACCCACCAUCAAACGUAUUUGAAAGUACAAACAAUUUAUUGUAAACUAUUACAGUGUUUUUAGUUGCUAUUUUUAUUAUUUACCAAAUGCUAAAUUAUUAUGAAAGAAAAGCGUGUGCUAGUUGUUGAAAAGUUUUAAAACAAACAAAAUAUGUAGGUACUUCUUGUACGACAAAACGAGAGUAUGUAUAUGAUGAGAUGGAUGCAAUUGUUUUAUUCUGUGAUUAUUAAUUGUUAAUAUUAUAUAUCGCAAAUCUAUUGAUAAGUUUUGCAAAGUAUAAAUAGUGUAAAAUAAUAAUAAAUUCAAAAUAAUUAUAAAAAUUAAAAAUAAAUUAAUCUAUGCAAAAUUUAAGGAUUCAGCAGAGUUGUUAUGUUUUUAGUGAUACAAAAUUAAAAUAAAUAUAUAAAAAUAAUGCACUUUGAUAUAAUAUUCACUUUUUAAAAUACGCUGUACUAUUAGCUAAAUAAGUUUUUUGAUCAACAAAAGGUCAAGUGCCUGAUAAAAUUAAUAAGAAUUUUUGUAUGAAUUUAAAUAGAUACUUUACAAUAUGUGAACAACAUUAUGCAUUUUAGAUUUAAAACAAAAUAAAAAAAAAAGGAAUUCGAAUUUCCAAAAAUCCUUAUCAA